AUGGCGGACUCAGCUAGUUUAUCUGCGCUACAGUUUAGUGGUGGUGAAAAAGAAGUCAUAGAAAGGACAGUGAAUGUUACUAAUGAUACUGUUUGUAGUAAAAAUAACAAAGAAGAAUUUUAUGAAAUUUCGAGGUGCACGGAUGUUAUAAAGAGUCUUGGCUUUCAAAAGAUUGCACUCCAGUUUCCAGACUCACUGUUAACCGAUUCAGCUGCUGUUUCUUCAUUGAUUGAAAAGUUCACCGGAAAGAAAGUGUUUGUGUUAGCUGAUACCUCAUAUGGAAGUUGCUGUGUUGAUGAAGUUGCUGCAGAACACAUUGAGGCAGAUCUUAUCAUUCAUUAUGGCAGAGCUUGUUUAAGCCAGACUCGGCGACUUCCUGUGUUGCAUGUUUUUGGUAAAUGGCCAAUCAAUGGUCAGAGUUGCUUGGAACAAUUUGGACAAUUAUUUCCAGACACUGAAGUCAAAGUGAUUGUGUUUUGUGAUGUGGUGUACAGUCAUUGUAUGGAAGAAUUGCAGAAUUAUAUCAAAAGGAAUUACCCUAAUGUGGUAUUCACAAAGCUCAUCUGCUCCACAUUUGAUCAAGAAGGGGAACUAUCUCAAGGUAAUGAGCAAACUGCUGAUGAGUUCAAUUCCCAAGGCAAAACAAUGGAAGAAACACCAUUAUCAGCUGAACCUUUGCAAACAGAUGUUGAAAUGACUUCACUUGAAGAACAUGGGAAUGUCCAGCAUGAUAAAAAUGGUUAUUUUUGUAGGUUUGGACGUGAAUUUAGUCUUCCUGCUGAUACACAGUUGGAGGACUUUGCUGUAUUUUACAUUGGUGGUGAAAGUUUGUGUUUGCAGAAUUUGAUGAUGACUUACAACAAAUGUCAGUUCUAUUCAUAUGAUCCUUGCACCAAUAUUGGCAGAAAAGAGACUCUGAAUGUGAAUAAAGCACUAAUGAAAAGAUAUUACAUGAUACAACGAGCUAAAGAUGCUCAGGUAGUUGGAAUAGUGGUGGGAACAUUAGGAGUGGCGGAUUACUUAAGAGUUAUUGAAAGACUGAAGCAAGUCAUAAAGCUUGCAGGAAAAAAGUCCUAUUUGUUUGUCAUGGGAAAGCUUAAUGUGGCAAAAAUGGCCAACUUUAUGGAGGUGGAUGUGUUUGUGUUGGUGGCAUGCCCUGAAAACACCCUGAUUGACUCCCAGGAGUUUUAUAAACCAAUAGUUACUCCUUUUGAAAUGGAAUUAGCCUGUUUGAGGACUCGGGAGUGGACUGGAGACUAUAUAACAGACUUUAGGGAACUAUUACCAGGAGCCAGUGCUUCAGUUGAACUAGAUGUAGAAGAGAAUAUGGAUGAAUCCAGUGAGAUCCCAGAUGUCUCCCUAGUAACUGGACAUCUGAGACCCACUUAUCGUUCAUCAGAAGUGGACAGAGGGAAUUCUUCAAGGUCACUGGUUGAAAGGAAUCAGGAAACAAGUUUGUCAACUCAACACCACAGUUCUGCAGCGGAGUACCUUGCAUCAAGAUCGUGGAGGGGACUAGAACAGAGGCUUGGUGAAACUCCUGUUACACAAGCAGUGGAAGGAAGGACGGGCAUUGCAGCGGGGUACUUACAUGAGAAGGGCCAAGAUCAAGGCAGUCAGAAGGAACCCGUCCUGUGACUGACCAGUCCUUAAAGUACAAACCUAUUAGGACACUAUUCGCUUCUGUUCGUGACGAUUACCAGCUUCUUCAUCCGGAAUGUGGAGCAAAAAUCAUAUUAUAUUCUAAUCACCUCGAAACGAUUAUAAAAUAUUUUGUAACAAAUCUUAAUAAACACAAACACAGCAUCA